CACCACCCACUCCAUAUCACCAACCUCUCUCUCACUCACUCACCCACUCUCUCUGCCUCUCUUCAGUUGCAUCAUCCUCCUUCUGACCAUCCUUCUCACCCUCGCCACCCAUCAUGGCUCUCAAGCGAAUCAACAAAGAACUGACCGAUCUUGGCCGAGACCCGCCAUCAUCCUGCUCAGCUGGGCCGAUCGGCGAUGAUUUGUUUCACUGGCAAGCCACGAUCAUGGGACCGAGCGACUCACCAUACUCCGGCGGUGUAUUCUUCCUUGCCAUCCACUUCCCCACCGACUACCCGUUCAAGCCGCCGAAGGUCAACUUCACCACUCGCAUCUACCACCCCAACAUCAACUCCAACGGCAGCAUCUGCUUGGACAUCCUGCGGGAUCAGUGGAGCCCGGCUCUAACCAUUUCAAAAGGUAUUUCCCCUCGUCGGACCUCAUUUCUAUCGACGUCAAUCUAACGCCACCCAUAGUCCUCCUCUCGAUAUGCUCGAUGCUGACGGACCCGAACCCCGACGAUCCGCUUGUUCCCGAGAUUGCUCAUCUCUACAAGACCGAUCGAGCACGGUAUGAGGCCACAGCAAGGG